AUGGCGGCCACAUUGACUGAUCAAUUGGGAAUAGGGUUACUGAGGACGUGGUCCCUAGAACAACUAGAAGACAACCCCAGCCUUGCGAGAUCAAAGCUUGGGCCAGUGCUCAUGGUAUUUGUAUUCCUCAAGUAUGACCUCGAUUUCAGCCAUGAUUUGAUGGUGAUGGACGCACACAUUAUGGAGCACGCAAACUGGGUGGAAGGUUUAGUAGCGAACAAUGCAUUCAUUUACAGUACCAUAUCUGUCGAGGGAAUUGACAUGGACAUCGCUUUUGCCAACCCCACCAUCAUAACAUUGGCGAGGUACUUGUUAUAUGACAGUGAGUUUCGGUAUCAUCAAUAUAUCACUGGAAACGAUUACUUCCCAUUACUUGCGAUGAUCGCCACUCAGUGCUUCUGUUGUCGUUAUGUCAAAAUAAUUUAUGAUAAAAGCGGAGAAAAUAUCAACAUUGCUCUGUUAUCUUCCGCCCCCAUUGUAGCGCCCCUGGGCACUCUUGGUGUGACAGCCAAGGUGAAAUGGUGGAGUGAUGCACAAGCUGGAUUGACACGCAGCGGGAGCAUGCUGGACCAUUGCUUCACUCCUUUGUAUGAACUUAAGCAUCCCAGGUAUUCCCACGCUGGUACUAGGCGGUCAUCAAUGUCCCCCGAACUUCCGCACAGGCGAAGAUUUCAUAUCAGAUGGGUUACCCCACACCUCCCGUGGACGUCUCUUGAUGAGGAUGGUCAAGAGCUGCCUGUGUUCAUCGAUCUUAGGGUCCUUGGCACUCUAGCCUGGGACUGCUUUUUCACCGGUAGUCAAGUCGUGCUUUCAUUGGCUGGUGAAGUGUUAAGACCAUGCACAAAGGGUAGGACUGAUUCUGAGGGGCUUGGCUUCAGCUCGUGCACUGUGCCCCUUACCCGAGUAUGUGCCCUUAAUUUCAGAUUGGUGUCUGAAGAAAGUCUGAAGAUGUCUGAAGGACGUCCGAAGGCGCAGAAAACUUCAGAAGGACUUUCCGGACGGGUGCAAAUGAGUGGAGGAUCAGAGGAUCAGAGGAGCGGAGGAGCGGAGGAGCGGAGGAGCGGAGGAGCGGAGGAGCGGAGGAGCGGAGGAGCGGAGGAGCGGAGGAGCGGAGGAGCGGAGGAGCGGAGGAGCGGAGCUCUGGCCUAG